AUGUCAUCUUAUGCACUUGAUGAUACAGUAUGUCCCGCAUGGACCCCAUUCAUUGGCUUUUUAGGAAUCUUAUGCGGCAUUGUUCUUUCUUGCGCAGGAAGUGCUAUCGGCACUGCAAAAUGCGGUAUUGGCUUAUGCUCAGCUUCAGUUAUCAAUAAAUCCGUUAUAGUUCGAGCGCUGAUUGCUCCAAUUAUGGCUGGUAUCAUUGGUAUUUACGGACUCGUUUUCUCAAUCGUUGUUAUGUCAAAUAUUAUUCCUGAACAUUAUCACAUGAAAACAGCUUGGUCAAACUUUAGUGGUGGCAUUUGCGUAGGUGUCUGCGGCUUAGCUGCUGGUGCAACAAUCGGAAUUGCUGGUCAAUACGGUAUUAUCGCUUUUGCUAAAUCACCAGAACUUUUCAUUGGUCUCACACUUGUUCUUAUUUUCGGAGAAGUCCUUGGCAUUUACGGAAUGGUUAUUUCCCUUGUCAUGAAUAAGAACUCUCCUUGCGAACCAGCUUCCAUCUAA